UGGAGUCUUUUUAUGAAGUUUUGCACACAUUAAGGAGUUUUCGAAGGUAUCCAUCAUGAACCCCAUGUGGAAAGUCUAUAAGAGUAAAGUGAUGAAGACCCUCAACCCAGACAUGGAGGAAGAUCCAGUUGAGGAGGUCAGUGAUGUAUCUGAAGAUAUGACAACUAUCCAGGAAGAUGAUGGACCAAGUGCAGUGUCACAACUGGCCAAGCGAAUGCAGGGAGCAGGAGUAAAGGGCUGGAAAAGUGUUUCAGGGUUCUUCCAUAAAGAUGAUGAGCACCAGCUACUGGAGGCUGAUAACCAACCAGCUGCAGAUCAUCCGCUGGCAAUGAAACCAGAGGAGCCUCCGCGACCCAACAAGCGCAUCACAGGAUUCUGGGAUAAUUUUGCGACCAAAUGGCACCAGGCAGCACCGAUGAGGGAAACGGAGGCAGUGGCGGCCUCGGAGACAGGAGGUGACGGCAGUCAGGAGGUGGAGAACGAGGCUGGAGGGAGAAGAGAGGACGGGGAAUAUCAGGCCGGGCAGGAAAGUGAUGCAGGUGAGGGUGGCACCAGCAGCAUAGGCAACAGCUUCUCCAAAUAUGCCACACUGGGAGAAAAUGAGGACACGCCCACCUUCAAGUGGAACUUUGUCACCAACAAACUGGCUGAGCUGAAGACUAAAAGCAUGGCUAAGAGCAACUAGUCGAUGACAAAACUAGAGAAGGGUUCAAACCACACAGGCCACAGUGCUUUAUAUGAGCCUUAAGAUGUAUAUGAUGAAAAAUAUUCAUUUUGAUUGGUUUGAUUAUGAUCUGUCUUGGCCAGGAUUGGUUAGCUUUAAUUUCUUAAAGGUGAAGUGUGUUAUUUUAUCAAUGUUGAAAUGCUUUCUUCAAUCCCAGAUAUGCAGAUAUAUGAUGUAUAUAACAUUAACCGUAAAAUCCUAAAAAUUACGGUUCUGAAAGGGUUCUUCGCAGCGAUGCAAUAAAGAAACCAUUUUUGGUUCACCAAAGAACGUCCAUUUCUUUCUUUCACAGCGUAAAGAAACUUUAUCCACUAUAAAUAACCCUCUUUUGUUUAAAAGCCAAAAAUGGGUCCUCUGUGGCAUUAUUUAGCACCUUAUACUCUGGGAUUGUCAAAAUAUUGCUUUUUACACUAGUAGCCCAAUAAAGCAACAUCAGCUUAACUGAGUUCUGGGAGCGACUAUCUGUUUGUCCUACCAAUGGAAGACGGGUGGAAUCUUUUAUUGGUUGGACUCCUGUCAUCAAAAUUGCAAAAAAACACCACAAGCUUCACUUUUAAAAGAGAUAAACACAUCAGGGAAUUAUGAGGCUAAAGUAUUGAUGAUUUGUAGAUGACUAUGAAAUAAGGAUGUAGUCAAAUAGCAUUCAUCAAAGGUUGUGCUAAGUGUGCAAAUUAAUUUAUAGCUAAUUAAAAUGAACAACCAUCUUACCAUAAUAUAUUUUCACAACAGAAACUCCACACAUUUUUAUUUUAUUUUUCUCAACUGGCCUUACAAUAAAUUGAAGGUUAAGCUCAACAAUACCCCCUACAGUACCAACAUCAUCUAGCAAAACAUCCUAGCAACUAGCUUAAAGGGGCUAGAAAUACCCUAUCAACCUGUCAGAACACCAUAGUAACCACCCUAGCAAUACCCUAGAAAACAGACAGAACACUUAGUAACUCCCUAGAAAUGCUCUAGAAAACCACCAGAACACCAUAGCAACCAGUCAGAACACCCUAGUAACCGCCCUAGUAACCACCUAGCAAGCUCCAGAAAAAUCACCAGAACACCAUAGCAACCAGUCAGAACUCCCUAGUAACCGCCCUAGUAACCACAAUGCUCUAGAAAAUCGCCAGAACACCAUAGCAACCAGUCAGAACACCCUAGUAACCGCCCUAGUAACCACCUAGCAAUGCUCUAGAAAAUCGCCAGAACACCCUAGCAACCAGUCAAAACACCCUAGUAACCGCCCUAGUAACCACAAUGCUCUAGAAAAUCGCCAGGACACCAUAGCAACCAGUCAGAACACCCUAGUAACCGCCCUAGUAACCACCUAGCAAUGCUCUAGAAAAUAGCCAGAACACCCUAGCAACCAGUCAGAACACCCUAGUAACCGUCCUAGUAACCACAAUGCUCUAGAAAAUACCCAGAACACCAUAGCAACUAGUCAGAACACCCUAGUAACCGCCCUAGUAACCACCUAGCAAGCUCCAGAAAAAUCACCAGAACACCAUAGCAACCAGUCAGAACUCCCUAGUAACCGCCCUAGUAACCACAAUGCUCUAGAAAAUCGCCAGAACACCAUAGCAACCAGUCAGAACACCCUAGUAACCGCCCUAGUAACCACCUAGCAAUGCUCUAGAAAAUCGCCAGAACACCCUAGCAACCAGUCAAAACACCCU